AUGGAUCCGGAGGACCCGCUUGCAGACCCGUUCUCCAGCCAGGGUCUAUGGAGGGUCUCCAAGUUUACCUUACAGUCUCUACAGCCGUUGGAACGCUUGGGGUGGGACGAGAAAUUACCUGAUCUUUCGAGUGCUUUUUUCGAGUCUCCUUUGAACAUCUUCGACAAAUUCGGCACGGAAAUCCCUAGCCUUAAUCCUUUCGGUACCGACUUAUUGGAUGGGGAUCAGACGCUGGAGUUGGAUAACGAUACGUCAAGUGAGAACCAACUUAUUGCGACUACCGAUGAGCAGGACAUUGAAGACGAGCCGGAGGAUAUAUGGGCACUUGGAAAUCAAGAUAUCGAGCAGGAGCGCUGCGAUUUGCUGAAAUCCUGGGAGAAAUACCGCGAGCGGACAUAUCGCGAACCUGUUUCGGCAUACUUUAGCGAAUCCGGUGCGAAAGGCUUUGAUGCUGCAUUGGCACGGCAAGCUGCAAAGGUGGGAACACAGACACAGAGGUUUAUGGUCAGGCGAGAUGUGUUCUUCCAGGCGUUGCUCAAGCUUGGGCUUGGGUGGGGCUCUAUGUUUUUCAAAUAUGAUGAACAUAAGAAGCAGUUCGAACGAGUGUACAACAAUAUUCGGAUUUCUGGGAUAACAUCAGUUGCACUAAAUGGGCUAACUGAGGAGCUGAUUCAAUGCGGCACAAACAUGCAGAAAAUACGGGUUUUUGCUAAUAAGGUGCCAAGUAGGCCAAAGGAACUCUCUGCUCGGUCGGCCUUUGCGAGUGCCGCGGCUGUGGUUGUCUAUACACUCGAGAAGCAGCUUGUCGGACAAUUCGCCAGUGUUACCUCUCUCCUUCAGAUCAAGGCGCUGUUUCAUGGAUGCGGGAAGGUGGUGACCAUCCUAGCGAAUGUGAUCGAGGCAAUUGAUGGUGCAGUGUCCGAGGCACAGAUAAUAUCUGUUGUUUCUGAACGAGCCGCCCACUUCUCGCAAAUAUUCGACCAUAUAGAACCUCUCUUACGCGAGAUUGUGAGUCGAGUGGCCGAGCCCUGGCUGAGGCACGUAGAGACCUGGGUUGGCCUUCGUCCAGAGACAACGGCAUCAGUAGACCUGGCUUCGAGUGGUAGGAGCUUUGUCGUUGCGGAGAGCCAGGAGAAAUCUAGAAAGGCAACAAAGGCGCCGAGGGUUGACUACAAGUAUCUGCCUAAUAAUAUGCCCUCUUUCAUCCCUGAUGACCUGGCGUCUUUGGUUUUCGAGAGUGGACGAAGCCUGAGGCUCCUUAAAACAUAUCACCCUCAACAUCCAGUCGCCAACCAUGAGAUGUACCGUUCUACUACGCCCACUUUUGAAUGUGCGGGUACGUGGUCCGAUAUAACAAGAAUCGAAAAGAAGGCCAUAGAGUACGAAGCUAGACUACGCUCUGAGAUACUCAAAUACAACCGUGGUGAUAUGGAUCCAGGCAGAAUAUCUGUUGCCGACGCUUCUGAAUCGACUGGGGAGUCAGAUGUGCUCACAGACACUUUUGAACUCUUCGACCUCGAUAACAUGCCAAAUCCCACAGGGCUGUUACCAAUGGAUGGAAGCUCUAGAGAUCAGCUUGGCCAUCUUAUUGAUGGAAACGUCCACUGCAAUGCUGAACAGCCUGCAGCUCAUAGCAACUUCGGUCCGGAACUGACCUCAUCAUAUUACCUAUCUUUGGCGCCUCUCCUCUGCUCUCAGGCGCUAUUGAUCGAUUUCUCUUGUCUCCAUCUACUAUUUAAAGAGCAUCAUCUCCGAACCCACCUCAACCUCCAAUGGCGAUUCCAGCUCCUUGGUGAUGGUUAUUUCACCUCUCGUCUCUCUGAUUCCCUUUUUGAUCCCGACAUGGAAAGCGGAGAGCGCAAAGCUGGUGUAGUGAGGAGUGACGUUCACGCUGGAUUACGCCUGGGAAGCCGAGAUACAUGGCCUCCAGCCAGUUCAGAAUUACGGCUGGUACUGAUGGGUCUACUUAAUGAAUGCCAUGAUGCGGAAAAACGCUUGGACCCGUCGAUGGACUCUAAACUGUGGAAUGAAAAGGAGCUACCUGGUGGCCUUAGCUUCUCUAUCCGUGACCUAACGGAUGAGGAGGUUGUGAAAUGCAAAGACCCAAAUGCCAUUGAGGCGCUUGAUUUCCUUCGUCUCCAGUACAAACCCUUGCCUGUGCUGGAGACAAUAUUGACUUCGAAUUCUCUUGAAAAAUAUGACCGUCUCUUCAAGCAUUUGCUCCGACUGCUACGCAUGGUAUCAGUUGUUAGGAGUCUCAUUCGAGAUUCAACUGCGAGAGACUCCCUAUCAGGUGAUACGCGGAAUGUGCUCCAGAAAUUCCGGGUGGAUGCGCAGCAUUUUGUGCUAGCCGUAAGCGACUACUGCUUCCAUGUCGGGAUUGGAGCUACAUGGCGACGAUUUCAGGAGACCCUAUCGAAUAUUGAAUCUUGUCUUGACCGACAUGAUAUAAAUGGUACGAUUGAAGCGGCCAGCUCAGUCCCUAGACUGCGCUACUACCAUGAAGACGUCUUAGAUCAGAUGCUUUAUGCCCUUUUUCUCAGCAAAAAGCAUACUGAGGUCGCAAAUCUCCUUGAUGAAAUCUUUGGAACAAUUCUCACCUUUGCUCCGCUCUCGCAGCUGGACGGGAUUAAUGGAGUACGCCACGAGGCGGAGCCUGCUGUUCGUCGAUUGUACAAUCUCUUUAGGAAACAAACCUCUGCCUUUGUCGGCUAUUUACGCAGUAUAGAAGGCAUCAAGUCUACGUCGAGGUCUUUUGAUCGGUGGGAUACGACGUUUACUGCCAAGGAGGAGCCUGCAACAGUCUUUGACCAUCUGCUGGCCCGUUUAGACACGAAAAGCCCGAUGGCAGGGAGUCGGGCGCCGGCGAGACUGGUAGACCAUUUGGAUAUUGAUGUAACGUGGCUUACAUCAUGGUAG